AUGGGUUUUCUAGAAGAAAGGGAUCUGUCUGAGGUGCCGACCAUCCCUGAGUUCUAUAUGGGGAAGACAAUUUUUAUCACCGGAGGAUCUGGUUUCAUCGGCAAGGUCCUGAUAGAGAAGCUUCUCUACUCCUGCUCAGAACUGGACAGAAUAUAUCUGCUUAUGCGCAAUAAGAAAGGAGUGAAGUCUGAAGAUAGGCUCGCCCAGCUAUAUGCUACUCCUUGUUUCGAUCGUCUGAAAAAGAAGAGGCCAGGAGUCUUCGAUUCUAAAGUCUUCAUCGUUUCUGGCGAUGUCUUGGAGCCUGGACUGGGUUUAUCACAAGAAGACAGAGCUCUCCUAGUCAACCGUGUGAAUGUCAUCUUCCAUGUAGCUGCAAGCGUCAGGUUCGACGACACACUGAAGUAUGCAGCGCAAAUGAACCUGAGAGGCACUAUGCAAGUUAUGGAGCUGGCUAAGGAAGUCAGAGAUUUAACUGCUGUCGUUCACGUAUCGACUUCGUAUUCUAAUACAAAUAGAGAUCCCAUUGAGGAGGUGUUAUACCCUCCUCUAGCUGACUGGAGGGAGACCCUGGCUGUUUGCGAGUCUGCUGAUGAGCAUACCAUGAAAGUGCUGACUCCGAAGUACCUCGGAGAGCUUCCAAACACGUAUACCUUCACGAAGCAGCUGGCAGAACAUGUGGUAGCUGAAUACAAAGGACAGCUUCCAAUUGUCAUCGUCAGACCUUCGAUAGUAAUUUCCAGUGUAGAAGAACCAAUGCCUGGUUGGAUAGAGAACUUCAAUGGUCCUGUUGGAAUAUUUGUGGCAUGUGGCAAAGGUAUUAUGCGAACAAUUCACACGAAACCAGACAUAAUUUGUGAUUUUAUACCCGUGGACAUUUGUGCUAAAAAUAUAAUUGCUGGAUCAUGGAUCAGAGGCACAAAGCCUUUGGAGCCGACAGAUGACAUAGAAAUCUACAACUGUUGUUCUGGCAAUCUGAACAACAUGUUGAUGGGCGACCUCGUGGAUAUGUCCAAACAUGUCUCCAAGGAGAUCCCGCUGGACGACAUGUUGUGGCAUACUGGUGGCACAAUUACUACUAAUCCUGUUUAUCAUUAUAUUAAGGUAUUAAUCCAGCACUUGCUUCCAGCUAUUUUAGUGGACACACUACUCUGGUUGAUUGGAAAGAAACCUAUGCUGGUCAAAAUCCAACGCCGCAUCUACAUAGCAAACCUCGCCCUAAGUUACUAUCUAACCCAGCAAUGGACCUUUGACAAUACGAACUUUGUGCAUCUCCGUUCAGUAUUGAAACAUUCGGAUACGAAGCAGUUCUAUUAUGACUUGGAGACCACUGACCUGGUGGAAUACUUCACUAAAUGCUGUCUAGGAGGCAGGAAGUUCUUAUUAAAGGAGAAGGAUGAGAAUCUUCCUAAGGCCAGGGCUCAUUGUAAAAGAAUGAUGAUACUAGACCAGGCGGUACAAGUUGUUUUCCAUGCUGUCUUAUUCUGGUGGAUCUGUAUGAAGCUGGUCCAACUGUUUGGGAUUCAAAGUAAUUUAUUCUAA